GCUGUCCACAAAUCCGCCUCAUGGUUUUAUGUCGACACUGAGACUCGCGACUCUUUAUGGGGCUGUGACGUUUUCUGUGUGUGUGUGUGUGUGGGUGUGUGUUUGUGCGUGUGUGUGACCGCGUAUUGUGUGCGCGCCUCCCUUUAGCUCCACAGCCCCGUGGAUCUGUUGUUCCCACAGAGCAGUAGGACAAUCAGACGGACUGGAGGAUUAGGGGCGGCAAAAAAAGAGAAAGUGCGAUUUCUACUUUCAUUCAUUCUUCCUCAUAUCUUUUGGAGACGUCGCUCUUUCGAGAGGUCUUUUCACGGUUUCCGCGGUGGCUCACACUCCGGUAUGGAUUUACCACUGGCUAGACGAGACACGCCGCUGAGCCGUCUACGAAAGUUUUGAUUGUCAUCGUUGCCUGUCGACCUCGGAGCCGAAGAGAGCGCUUAAGUUUGACGCAGCAUUUGUGCAUGUGUGACCACAUGCGAGGACAUUUGGAGACAAAUAUUUGUCGGAGCGUCUUUUCGCUGCUCUCUACUGUGUCUCUCAUGGGGUGACCCACAUAGAGCCUCAGAGACGUGACUGUGGGACAGGCAGUCUCCCCCUGAGCCUGGGCCCUCUUCUUGUCCUUAAAGGCAAUGAUUAUCACCAUAGACGUUCUGCACCACUCCACUGUGUGAAUGAAUCUUUGUCGUAAAGCCACUGUGCUCUGCCACCCUGUCACCAUGAAGAGCAAGUAUUCCCAGUACUACAAUAACGCUCUGAUCCACACCCACUAUGCCUUUGCUAAGAACAUGACCACCCAGGAUCUCAAUCAAUACAUUAAGGAUAGAAAACACUUCACCAUCCUCAGCAUUGUUAUCAUGGUCCUCUGCACCAUCAUCAUCCUGGAAAAUCUGCUGGUUCUCAUUUCUGUCUGCCGCAACAAGAAGUUCCACUCUGCCAUGUUUUUCUUCAUCGGUAACCUGGCAUUUUCUGACCUGCUGGCUGGCUCGGCCUACAUAGCCAACAUUUUUCUAUCGGGGUCAAGGACUUUUGAGCUGGUGCCUGUGCAGUGGUUCAUCCGGGAGGGCACCGCAUUUAUCGCUCUGGCAGCUUCAGUUUUCAGUUUGCUGGCAAUAGCUAUAGAGCGCUACAUUGCUAUCAUCAAGGUCAAGGUGUACGGCUCCACCAAAACAUGCCGCAUGUUCCUCCUUAUAGGAGCUUGUUGGGUCACUUCCAUCCUGCUCGGAGGACUUCCCAUCAUCGGCUGGAACUGCAUCAACGACCUCCCUGAAUGUUCAGCGGUAUUGCCACUCUACUCUAAGAAAUACAUUGUCUUUGUUGUCACCAUUUUUAGUGUCAUACUGCUCUCUAUUGUCAUCCUUUAUGUGAAGAUCUAUUUGAUUGUACGCUCCAGCCACCAGGAAGCAACCAACUCACCAGCCUAUGCCCUUUUGAAAACAGUCACUAUAGUGCUGGGUGUCUUCAUCAUGUGCUGGCUGCCCGCUUUUAUUAUCCUCCUCCUAGACUCAUCCUGCGGCAUACAAUCCUGCCACAUCCUCUACAAAGCCGACAUUUUUUUUGGCUUUGCCACUCUGAACUCAGCUCUUAACCCAGUGAUUUACACGCUGCGCAGCAAGGACAUGAGAAAGGAGUUCCUGCGCGUGUUGUGCUGCUGGGGAGUGCUGCAAAGCGGACGGCCCACUGAACGCUGUCUGGUCCCUCUAAAGAGCUCCAGCUCCCUGGAACACUGCACACACAAACACGAACACCAGACCACACCCAUUAUGCAAGAUUGUACCACUUGUGUCUAAUACGGUGCAAACUUAUUAGACUGCUUGAGUGUGUGUGUGUGUGUGUGUGUGUGUGUGUGUGAGUGUGAGUGUGUGAAUGUGAGUGAGAGUAUGUGUGUAUAUGAAAUCAAGUAGAGAGGCUGUGAUGAGACAGAGAGAUGUCAAAAAAUAAGCAAGCACACCCUGGACUGCGAUGCCUGACGAAGCUGGGACACAGCUAUCUGUAGAGAUGUGACUUACUCUACAGUGCAGGCUUUUUCUUAUUACAAUGAAUUGUGUGUGUUUUCACAGUCAGCUUUCGAUCAAUUCACCCAUGCAGUGGGUGUAAAAAUACAAUGUUUCAAGAGGGAACUAAUUUAAAACAUGAGAACUUUCAGAAAUGUGAAAAGCUUUUUCAUGGGUACUUCCAUUAGUUAAGAUGGAGUUGCAAACCAUUUUAAUGUAUAAGCCUAUCAUCUUGUUUUUGUUUUUCUUUCUAAACAUGUAAUCCCCUAUUAAAAGCCAAAAAUGGAAAUGUAGCAUGCAUAAUAUCGUAGAUAUGGUGAGUUGUUUCGGGCCUUUCAAGAACUGUAUAAAUGCAAAGCUUGCAAAGUU